AAUGUCAUUCCAUGUGAGAUAAGUUAUUACAGUUUGCAUCUAUCACUUAAAAUGAAUGAUGAAAUGUAUAGAAAAUGGAAAACAUGCAUAGAAAUAAUAGGUAGGGAGGAAUAAAAUCUCCAAGAAUGUUGCUGCAUCCAGCCACGCAUGGAGAAGGGUAUUUUUGUUUGUUUUGAUUGUUUUGUUUUGGUCAUCUAGCUGGUCAAAUGACCUGUUAAGAAUAUUUCAUAGAGCUAAUGUUCUGAUGCUCUAAUCUGUCUAGGCAAGUUUCAUAUUUGUGUGGGUUACUUAUUCUCCCUUUGUUGACUAAGUCAGUAGUCAGAAUCAGCAGGUUUGGAGUCAGGUUGGCAGGGCUCAGGAGGCUGGCUGGGGAGAAGUGAGUAUAAAAGCCCGAAGCUGGGAGCAGCCCUUCUCAGAGACCCACCAGUCCUCGGCAGAAUGGCUUCUUCCCGUCUGUUCCUCCCUUGCCUCGCUGGACUGGUAUUUGUGUCUGAGGCUAGCCCUGUGGCCUCUGGUGAAUCCAAGUGUCCUCUGAUGGUCAAAGUCCUAGAUGUGGUCCAGGGCAUUCCUGCUGUGAACGUGGGCGUGCAAGUGUUCAAAAAGGCUGCUGACGAGACCUGGGAGCCGUUUGCCUCGGGGAAAACCAGUGAAUUUGGGGAGCUCCAUGGGCUCACAACAGAUGAAAAACUUGUAGAAGGAAUAUACAUAGAAUUAGACACCAAAUCCUACUGGAAGUCACUUGGCUUUUCCCCUUUCCAUGAAUAGGCAGAGGUGGUGUUCACAGCCAACGAGUCUGGCCACCGCCACUAUACCAUCAUGGCCCUGCUCAGCCCCUGCACCUACUCCACCACGGCCCUCAUCAGCAGCCCCAAGGAGUGA